AAGUCGGUCGGAGUGAAGGGGACCGGGUCGAGCUAAGCACGGCUGGUAGCGGAUGAGGUGACACGUUGGACCUCCGAGGGACGACGUGCGGAAUGUGCUGGGUGGAGGAGGAAAAGAGCCCGAGGAAAGGGGUGUGUCAAGCUACUGAAAACGGCACAGUGUGCCUCCGAGCCUGGGGCGUGCGGAGCCCAGUGGUCGCCGGCCGCGGCCGGCAGUCAUUCCUUCGGUGAACGUCCCUUGAGCUCCGGCUCCGAGGGUAGACCUGUGGUAGGCGCCGAUCCGCCGGACGAGGAGCCUGCGCUCAAGAAGCCGCAGGGACUUCAAGAGAUGGAAGGGCUGUCCUUGGCAAAUGAAGAUAAAACAAUGUCUGCCAACCUAAAAUACCUUUCCUUGGGAAUUUUAGUCUUUCAGACUACCAGCUUGGUUCUAACGAUGCGUUAUUCUAGGACUUUAAAAGAGGAGGGACCUCGUUAUCUAUCUUCUACAGCAGUGGUUGUUGCUGAACUUUUGAAAAUAAUGGCCUGCAUUUUAUUAGUCUACAAAGACAGCAAAUGUAGCCUAAGAGCACUGAAUCGAAUACUACAUGAUGAAAUACUUAAUAAACCUAUGGAAACACUUAAACUUGCUAUUCCAUCAGGGAUAUAUACUCUUCAGAAUAAUUUACUCUAUGUGGCACUGUCAAAUCUGGAUGCAGCUACUUAUCAGGUCACAUAUCAGUUGAAAAUUCUUACAACAGCAUUAUUUUCUGUGUCUAUGCUUAGUAAAAAAUUAGGUGUGUACCAGUGGCUGUCCCUAGUAAUUUUGAUGACAGGAGUUGCUUUUGUACAGUGGCCCUCAGAUUCUCAAGAGCUUGAUUCUAAGGAACUUUCAGCUGGUUCUCAGUUUGUAGGCCUCAUGGCAGUUCUCACAGCAUGUUUUUCAAGUGGCUUUGCUGGGGUUUACUUUGAGAAAAUCUUAAAAGAAACCAAACAAUCAGUGUGGAUAAGAAAUAUUCAGCUUGGUUUCUUUGGGAGUAUAUUUGGAUUAAUGGGUGUAUACAUUUAUGAUGGAGAAUUGGUGUCAAAGAAUGGAUUUUUUCAGGGAUAUAACCGACUGACUUGGAUAGUUGUUAUUCUUCAGGCACUUGGAGGCCUUGUAAUAGCUGCUGUUAUUAAAUAUGCAGAUAAUAUUUUAAAAGGAUUUGCAACCUCUUUAUCCAUAAUAUUAUCAACACUGAUAUCCUAUUUUUGGCUACAAGAUUUUGUGCCAACCAGUGUCUUUUUCCUUGGAGCCAUCCUUGUAAUAACAGCUACUUUCCUAUAUGGUUAUGAUCCCAAACCUACAGGCAAUCCUACUAAAGCAUAGUCGUAUACUGUCUUUAACUGGUUUUUCACAAUGGUGCACUAGGAGUCUCAACAUUAAGCUUGCAUAGAGGACUUCUACAGAUUCUAAGAAGAUAUCAUCAUGCUGAAUCUCAUCCUAUUGUUCAAAUGGUUUGAAAAUAUAAAAGUUUAAGGAUUAAAUAUGUGUGUAUGUUAACGAAAUACCUAUUAUAUCUAGAAAUCAAAGCUCGAAAGUAUUUCCAGGGAUUAGAAUAAUUAUCGGAGAAAACUUGAAAUCUGAAUUUAAAAAGAUUUUACCUUUUGAUUGCUGCAGAAAUGUCCUAUGCACUCUUUGCAAGAGCACACAACAAAUGUCAGAUACCAAUUUUUGCAAAUUAGAUCUAUUUAAUCUUAUUAAAUGUUUUUUAUCUUUUUCUGUACAGAAAUAUCAAAUCACAUGAAAUAUUCAGAGUUUGAAAAUUAAAAUUGCCUAUAAAGCUGUGAAGAAAUAGAAGUAUGAUUUGAAAAACAUUUUCAUGUUAUCUGAGAUUUUUAUAUUUAUACAAAAGAUUACUAAAGAAAGGAUUGCUAAAUGUCAUUUGUUCAACUACAUAAAAAUUGAUAAAGUUAUGUCCUGGGUCUAAUUUGUGAGAGAAUAAAAUUCAUAUUUAAAUUUAAUGUAGGGAAAUACACACAUCUAUUUCUCCAUCUACAUUCUAAGAUCUUUUAGUGCUUUGAAACUGCUGAAAGCAAUCCAGUUGCUCCUGUGCUAGAUAGUAGCCAGAGACUUUUGCACUAAUGGAGUUUUGUCCUUAAUCUCUUAAUUGUAUUUCCUUUCUGUAAAUCAGAUAAAUCCUUAAUAUUUCUUUAAAUUAAAUAUCUGUAUGUGGUAAUUUCUAUUAAAGUUUCAAAAUGAAUUUAAAAGGAUUAAAUACGUAAUAAUUUAAUUAUUAUUGUCUAAUAUCUCCACUUGGAGAAUUCUGAACUAUCAAAGCAUAUACGGUACACAACUAAAAUGUUUUCAAAUGAAUAUUUUAGUCAUUGAUCUGUAAAAACUCCUUUAAUCUACAACUGUUAAAAACAAUAACCAAAAUAAUAAUAGUAUAGAUGUCAACAAAUUGAGACCAAAAUGACCUUUCUUAGAGACAUUCCAGAUUGCUAUGAUAUUCUAUUAUUUUAAAUGGCACUACAGCUAUGAACUCAAGGCUGCUCAGAACUUUUUAGGCCUCUCAUAAGCCCACCAUCCCCAGGAAUACUCUGGGCACAUGUCUGGGAGAGGUGGCGAAUUCUGAGUUCCCUCUCUGUGGCCCUGUAAAAGCUGCUGCGAAGGAGCCACCACUUAGGUUUAAGAUAGUGGUUUCUUUUCCAUUUUGAUUAGCACUGGAGUUGAGGUUGUAAAUUACAUGAGUUAUUUAAUAAGUUGGUUCAAGGGGGAGAGAAAAUAUAGCAAAAAUGGUAAAGUGAAUUGGUGGGCAAGAAUACUUUCUAAAAUUGGAAUAUGGAUUUAAUUUAAUUAUUGACGUAGAUAGAAUUACCUAUUAUGUAUAAGAAGUAUUUUACUUUAUUUUUUCAUUCAUGCUUUAUAUAUUUUUAAAAGUCUCCCAUUCUAAUAGUAUAAAAACUGUAAAAACAUAAAUAUUUUUAUAUAGUUAUAAUGGAUUUUGUUAAAUAGAAUUUGGCUCAAAAAUACCGUGUUACAAACUUUUGGGUACUUUUGGCUUACUAGGACUGGCUGUGUUACUUUGCUUAUGCAAGCCACAUCUCUACAGGACAGACCUAAUCUAUUCCAUUCAGAGUUUAAAAGUGAUUAAAAUUACAAAAUAUCUUAAAUCAAUUUGCUGGUGAUUCCAAAUUGGAACUAACUAAACUUUCUGGAAGCUUAACCUACGAUAUUGAGUGACCAUCUUUUAGAGUAUUUGUUUAAUAACUUUACCACAUUCUGAACAUGGUGUUUUUACAUUGUAACAACAUUCAGACUAACAUCCUACUAUCUACUGCUGAAUGAAAUCUAAGUCCUGCAAAUGCAAAGAAUUCAAGAAUAAAUAUUAAGAUUUAUGUUCAGCCCACAUGGAAGUGCUAGUUGGGUACUAGUAUAUAUUAAUUCACUGUACAUUUACAACUAAUUGUUAAUUCAGGCUGCAUGUCCCUUCAAAGAAUGAUAAAAGCAAAUAUUGGAUAUUAGACAUGUUAGUUACCAUAAUAUAUUUUCUGGUGUCCAAAAUAACACAAUUUUUAAGAUUCCCAAUAAAGCUUAUAAAAAUAGAAUCAAGAGUUAAGAGAACGGACAAAGUAGUCUAAAGCAUAUUUUCAAACCAAACUUUUAUUAGACAAGCUUAAUUUGUAUUUUGCUUUUCUAGUAGGCUUAAAGAUGUUACUAGAGAUUGGGUUGUGUAGCUUAUAAUUUUUAAUUCAUAAAGAAUCGUAUUUGAGAAGGGGAGCCUGUAUCCUAGAUCAUGUCAUUUAUACAGAUAAUGCCAUUUUCGAAUGUGUGUGUGGUGUGUGUUUUGAUGACCUCCAAAAGCCUUAUUGUAUCAAUCUUAUACAAUGAUGACUCCUUGAUUAUUUAAAUUCUUACUUUUUAAAGCUUACUGGUUAUUACUCAGCUACUUGUUCAUUAUAAAAAUGUCCUAAUUCAUGGGAGAAGAGUGCCAGUUGAUAGUUCUGUUAAAAAUUAAGAAUAUGGUAUUUGGGAAGAAAAGUUUGAAAUUCAAUAUGUAGAUGUUUCAACACAGUAAUAUUACCAGUUCUUUAGUAAGUGUUUUUAGGGAAGUUGUAGACUACUUUUAUGGUGGAAAUUAUAGUUUACAGAUGCAAAACUUAAAAUGCUUCCAUCAGUUUAUAUUGAAUGUCACAAUCUCAUAGAAGGAAAGGUAGUUUGAUAUUUAAACUAGAUUCCGAGGAGACAAAAUUUGAAAAGAAACUAAUUGACUUUGUGCCCAGGAGACUUGGUGUAAUAUUGAUUAUUAUUAAGAGUUGAUACACUUUUCCUACAUAUCAAAUUAUUGGACUUUUAAAAUGUCAUUGUAUAGUCAUUCAACUGAGUUUUGUUUUGUUUUUAAAAAUAGGGCUUAGCAUCGCUUAUUUUAUUUACAUUUUCAUUGUUAUAAUAUUUAAUUACACGGGGAUGUAUGCUUUACAUAAAAGGUCUAUAAGUUAUUUAUGCUAUAUUGAAAGUCAUCUUUAGACUUUCCCAGAUAUGUGUAGCAUAUUUAAAGUAAUUACAGGACCAAAGAAAAAGCACCUUUAUCAAAAUCUGGUCCUAUGUGCCUUGCUUUACCAAAUACCUGACUUUUCUGGAGGAUAUUACUGUAAUUCACUACUUUGGACACAUGGGGAAAUUGACGUUUUACGAAUAACUUUAAUUCAAUUUUUUGGAUAUUUCAACAUUUGCUCUUUAAAUUCAUUAUCUAACAGAAUAUUAAAAUAGGUAUAUUAUUAUAAACAUUAGUAAACAGUACUUAUUUAAAUAAAUUAUGCACCAUUGCUCCAUCAUUGAGCUUUUGAAACUUUAACAAAUGUAUAUAGCUGUCAUUUGGUUGUUUUCUUAUUAUGAAAUAUAAUUUACUGUGAUUUUAAAAAUAUUUUUUUAAUGGUUUGAAUUCUGAAUUUGUUUAUAUGUCUAUGUAUUUCAUUUGUUAGAUUCCUUUGAGUUUGGGAAUGUGAUUUGUAUAUUUAAAUUUUUUAUGGACAUCAUUUAGAAGAAUGUAUAAAUUGGUCUUUUGUUAAAUGGCUUUUUAAUGGAUCAGUUUCUCUUUGUCAUUUUUUGGUAUCCAGUUAUUAUCUAUUUAGUAGAUUUAAGAAAAAGAUUUUCAUAAUUAACCAUAUAAAUUUCUUCCUAUAUUUCCUUGUUUCCCUUGUCACCUGUGUUUGACUUAACUGAAUUAGACUCCUUUCUAUAUAUCAGAAAUGACUCCCUGAUCCUUUCCAUAUCUCUCUAGUUACCUUUAUCAUGUGUGAUCUUCCUUUUUUCUAGCCUAUGCUCUAGCAUGGAAGACUGGGUUUUAUUUAAACUAGUUAGAACCUCUCUAUCUGUGUGAUAAUAUCCUAAUUUUUUGUUGUUGUUUUAAAUAAAUUAUCUCUUUGCUAGCCUCAAGGUUAAGUAAUUACAGUAAUUGGUACAUAUUUUCUUCAUAAAUCAUUGAAUAUAAUUGCUUCUAUUGUGACUAUCAAUUCAGUGUAUAGAGAUCAAAUAAUAAGCAAUAUAAAGAAUGUCAUUUCCACCUCUAUUAGUGAAAUAACCUUGUACAAAAUGCUUUGUUUUAAUAGAUCACUAAAGAGUAUCAGCACUUUAUUUAUUUAAGAAUAUCAGCAUUUUAGAAAUGGAUACUUUGGUUUCUUCUUGUGAAAAGAAUUAACUGAAAAUCUUUACAUCUUUUCGGAAUUGGAAUACUUCUUUUAUUGGAAGUAUAUCCAAUCCUUGAAUCCCAGUGCUAUGCAAAUAAACUUCAUAAUUCAAAUCUUAUAGAUAAUUACUGCCAUUCAACAGAGUCAGAUAGUGACCAGCAUUAGUAAAUGCUGUUUCUUACAGUUCUUAAAUUUGAAUUCCUUCAAAGCAGGAUUGAUUAUUACAUACAUAUUCCAAAAAAGAAAAUAGCAAAGAGAAAAUAACUUGCCUUCAAACCCCAAAGAUGCAAAAUUCUACUAUAGUAGAGUGUGUCUUGGUGACUGCAAAUUCAUGGGUUUUCCAAAUUUACCUUCAGGUUCAAUAAUUCACUAGAAAGACAGAACUUCCUGAAAGCUAUUACACGCACAAUCACGUUUAUUACCAAGAAAGGAUGCAAAUUUAAACGAGCCAAAGGAAGAGGCAUAUAGGGUAGAAUUUAGGAGGGGUCCAAAUUCCAGUUGUCUACUCCCUGUGGGGUCCUGGACAGUAUUAUCUAUUCCUGGCCACAGUAUACACACAGUAUUACCAAUCAGGAAAGCUCACUCAUGCUUUGGUGUCCAAAUUUUUAUUGAAGCAUUAUUACUUGGCAUGAUUGAUUCUUUGCCCACAUGGUUGAAUUCUCCAGUGCCCCUCUCCCUGGAAAACUGGCUGACAUCAAGUUACAGGGGUUCAUCCUGAGACAUCUUGUUAGCAUUAAUUAUCAGGUAUGAGGUCCUAAAGAUGUAGGCCAGAACUUUCUUGGGGUAAACCCAAAUUCCUUAUUACACAGUGACCAUUUAUGUCUAUACACAUUCUUCUGAAUUGAUGAGGAUGACACAAGCAAUGAGAGUUGUUUAUAGAGACUUUCACACUUUAUGAUUUUAAUUUCAGAAAUGUUGUCAAAUGAUUCUGAACAUAUGACUAGAGGGUAGAAAAACGUUUAUAAUCUGAUACAGUGCUAAGUAGCACAUAUCGUAUUCAUUUAGCUUUCAGUUCUGAUGUUAAAUGACUUUAUAAAUGUGGAACUAUUUUUUAAAGAACAAUAAAUUAUACUGUAUAUUAAUAUACAAUUUUGAGCUUAUUUGUUAUUUAUUUUAUUUUCUGCCAUUUGAAAAUCACAACAUGAAUGCCUCUCUGGAAGAACUUCUUGCUUUUACUGAUACUUAUUUUUUUAAAGUAUGUU